GAGCAGUCGUGCAUUCCCCGCCUCGCCUCGGGUGUAGGGAUUGCAAAAAAACAAAACUACACUGUCAAGACUGUGUAGUUUUGUUUUUAUGAUUAGAGGCUCUACAAUUCUCAUGCUGGGAUUGUCUAACAAAAUCUUACUCUGGAUAAGGACGUCGUUUAAGAAGAUUUCGUUGGGCUUAGCCCACUCUUACAGGCACUUUGAGAGAUCAGAGUGCCUGUAAAGAUGACGACAAAAGCACCAACAUUCACACAGCCGUUACAAAGUGUUGUGGCACUGGAGGGUAGUGCCGCAACCUUUGAGGCUCAUAUUAGUGGUUUCCCAGUUCCUGAGGUGAACUGGUAUCGGGAUGGCCAGGUUCUUUCUGCUGCAACUAUGCCCGGUGUGCAGAUCUCGUUUAGUGAUGGCCGCGCUAAACUGGUGAUCCCCACCGUGACAGAAGCAAACAGUGGAAGAUACACCGUACAAGCCACCAAUGGAUCUGGGCAAGCUACUAGUACAGCUGAGCUACUUGUCACAGCUGGAACAGCACCACCAAACUUUUCACAACGACUACAGAGCAUGACUGCAAGACAGGGAAGUCAAGUUCGACUUGAUGUGAGAGUGACUGGAAUCCCUACACCUGUGGUGAAGUUUUAUCGGGAUGGAGUAGAAAUCCAAAGCUCCCCCGAUUUUCAAAUUAUUCAAGAAGGAGACCUUUACAGCUUAAUAAUUGCAGAAGCAUAUCCUGAAGACUCCGGUACCUAUUCAGUAAAUGCCACAAAUAAUGUGGGACGUGCUACUUCAACAGCUGAAUUGCUAAUUCAAGGCGAGGAAGAAGCCGUUCCUGCUAAAAAGACAAAGACAAUUGUUUCGACUGCUCAGAUUUCACAAACAAGACAAGCCAGAAUUGAAAAGAAGACUGAAGCCCACUUUGAUGCCAGAUCACUUACAAGUAUUGAAAUGGUCAUAGAAGGUGCGGCAGCCCAACAGCUCCCACAUAAGGCACCGCCACGAAUGAUUCCUAGACCUACAUCAAAAUCACCAACCCCACCAGUAAUUGCUGCAAAAGCACAAAUGGCACGACAGCAAUCACCAUCACCUGUUAGACAAUCACCAUCACCUGUAAGACAUGUCAGAGCACCAACACCCUCACCAGUAAGGUCAGUUUCUCCUGCUGGAAGAAUCUCCACCUCGCCUAUUAGACCAGUGAAAUCUCCAUCUCCAAUCCGUAAAACACAUGUAGUGACAACAGCUGGGGCUGAAGUCCUUCCUCCUUGGAAGCAGGAAGGAUAUACUGCAACCACAGAAGCCCAGAUGAAGGAAACAAGAGUAUCUACAAGUGCUACCCAAAUAAGAACUGAAGAAAGAUGGGAAGGGAGAUACGGGGUCCAAGAAGAAGUUACCACUAGUGGUGAGGUUGCGGCUGGUGCUAGAGAGGUGAGAAAGGACAGUGAAAAAACAGCAGCUGUUGCUACGGUUGUUGCUGCUGUGGAUCAAGCCAUGGUGAGAGAACCAGCUCCAAGUGUUGUAGAGCAAACUGCUAAAAGAACAGCAAUGACCGCAGUCCACGUUCAACCUGUUCAGGAGCAGAUGAGAAAGGAGGCAACAGUAGUAAUUACCAGUGACAAAGCCACAAAACAAACAGUAAUAUCGAGAACUAGAGAAGAAAUUGUUACUUCAGAAGAACAAAGGCACAUCUCCCAUGAAAAGGUAAGAAAACAACCAGAGAAAACUCCAGUACCCACAGUAGUAAUUGCCACAGACAAAGCCAAAGAACAAGAAAGAAUAUCAAGAGCUAGAGAAGAAAUAUCUACCAGACAUGAGCAAGUGGAAAUUGCUCAUGAAAAGAUAAGAAAGGAAGAUGUGAAAUCUUCUGUACCUAAGGUAGUAAUUACCACUGAUAAACCUAAAACACCAGUCAUAAUAUCGAAAAGUAAAGAAGGAAUUGCUACCGAGCAAGAACAAGUGAGCAUAACCCAUGAAAAGAUUAAAAAGGAAGCUAAGAAAACUACUGUAGCUCCGAAAAUAAUUGCCACUGAUAAGACCAAAGCACCAGUCACGGUGUCCAGAACUAAAGAAGAAAUUACAGCCAAGCAAGAAAAAAUUCAUCUAGUUUAUGAUCAGACUGAAGCUGGAAAAAGGGCUGAAGCUGUAGCUACAGUUGUUGCAGCAGUUGAUCAGGCACGUGUCCGAUCACCCUGGGAACAAGAACAAGCAGAUGAAGCCUAUGUAAAACAGAAAACUUUGGAAUAUGGCUAUAAAGAGCAAGUAACAGAUCGGGUUGCUGCUGUAACAGACCGGGUUGCUGAGGCCCCAGCAGAACGUCAUGUUGUCACUAGAGAAGUUAAAACUGUCUAUGUUCCUCCUGAGAAACAUAUCUCUGCUGCUGAAAAGAAAGAAGUUCAGAUAUCGACAGAGAUAAGGAAAGCAGCAGAAGCUAAGAUGGAGAAAACAAUUCACGUUGAACACCCACGACCUCGCACAGCAAGUCCUCACUUCACAGUCUCCAAAAUUGCUGUUCCUAAACCAGAUCAUACAUAUGAGGUUUCAAUAGCUGGAUCUGCCAUGGCAACUCUGCAAAAAGAGUUAUCAGCUACUUCUGCUGUGCAAAAGAUCACCAAGCCCGUGAAGCCACCUCAGCUAAAGCCUCAUGAAGUCAGGAUAAAAACGGAGCCAGUCACCCCUCCACAGUUUCCCUUUGGAGAGGCUGCCAAGGCCUACAAAAGUCACUAUGAUGUCGAUGCUAAAAAGGAGGCAGGUUUUAGCAUUAAGGGUGAAGCAGCGCGGGAAGAACACUUGAUGUUGCAGAAAGAAGGUGAAGCAAAGGUGACAGAAACUGCCAGAGUUCCUGUGCCUGCAGAAAUCCCUGCUACUCCACCCACCAUAGUCUCAGGCCUCAAAAAUCAGACUGUGACUGAAGGUGAGUCUGUAACUCUGGAGUGCCAUAUCUCUGGUCAUCCUCAGCCUACUGUGACAUGGUACAGGGAAGACUACAAGAUUGAGAGUUCAAUGGACUUUCAGAUAACUUUCAAAGCAGGACUUGCUCGCCUUGUGAUUCGUGAAGCUUUUGCAGAAGACAGUGGAAGAUUUACCUGCACUGCUACAAAUAAGGCUGGCAGUGUCAGCACAUCUUGCCACUUAUACGUGAAAGUUUCAGAGGAAACUGAGACUCGAGAAACCAUUUCUGAGAAGGCUGUUAGAGAAGAGAAACGCUACGUGGAGACAAAAGACAUUGUAAUGGAAGAUGUCUCUGCUGCAGUAGAGGAAGUAUCGGGAGAACCCAUACCUCCUUUCUUCAUAAGAAAACCGACAGUACAUAAAUUAAUUGAAGGUGGGAGCAUUAUUUUCGAAUGCCAAGUAGGGGGCAACCCAAAGCCACAUGUCUACUGGAAAAAAGGUGGAGUUCCUCUAACGACUGGCUACAGAUACAAAGUAAGUUACAAAAGAGAAACCGGGGAAUGCAAACUUGAAAUUUCCAUGACUUUUGCCGACGAUGCCGGAGAAUACACUAUUGUUGUUCGUAAUAAACAUGGCGAAGCUUCUGCAACGGUCUCCUUACUAGAAGAAGCUGAUUUUGAAGCCUACAUAAAAUCGCAACAAGAAACAAUGUACCAAACUCAGGUGACUGCGUAUGUUCAGGAACCUAAAGUGGCUGAGGUAGCCCCAGCUAUUUCAUAUGGUGACUUUGAAAAAGAAUAUGAAAAAGAACAAGCCCUAAUUAGGAAGAAAAUGGCGAAAGAUACAGUGAUGGUCAGAACUUUUGUAGAUGAGGAAUUCCAUAUUUCUUCUUUUGAAGAAAGACUUAUCAAGGAAAUUGAACUCAGAAUUAUUAAGACCACCUUAGAUGAACUUCUUGAAGAAGAUGGAGAGGAGAUGAUGGUCGAUAUUUCUGAAUCUGAAGCUAUAGAAGCAGGAUUUGAUUUAAGAUUAAAGAAUUACAGAACUUUUGAAGGAACAGGAGUUACUUUCCAUUGCAAGACAACUGGAUAUCCAUUGCCAAAGAUUGCAUGGUACAAAGAUGGUAAGCGCAUAAGGCAUGGAGAGCGCUACCACAUGGAAGUUUUGCAAGACGGAAGUGCCAGUCUCCGUUUGCCUGUUGUUCUACCAGAAGAUGAAGGAAUUUAUACUGUUUUUGCCAGUAACAUGAAAGGAAAUGCCAUUUGCUCAGCAAAACUCUACGUUGAGCCACUUGCACCCACAGCAAUUCCAGGUUAUAUGCCAGGACCAGAAGUUAUGAGAAGAUAUAGGUCUAUUUCACCACGAUCUCCAAGCCGCUCUCCUGCUCGCAGUUCUCCUUCUCGUUCUCCUGCCCGCAGAUUAGAAGAAACUGACGAAGGACAACUAGAGAGACUAUACAAGCCAGUUUUUGUCCUGAAGCCUACAUCAUUUAAAUGUUCACAGGGGCAGACAGCAAGAUUUGACUUAAAAGUUGUUGGCAGACCUAUGCCAGAGACAUACUGGUUCCAUAAUGGUCAACAAGUGAUUAAUGACUACACCCAUAAAAUAGUGAUCAAAGAAGACGGCACCCAGUCAUUGAUCAUUGUUCCUGCUAUGCCGGAGGACUCUGGAGAAUGGGCUGUAAUCGCUCAGAACAGGGCAGGCAAAGCUUCAGUCUCAAUGACACUGACUGUGGAAGCCAAGGAAGACCUAGUCAGACCACACUUCGUGGAAAGGCUGAAGAAUGUUAGCGUAAAGGAAGGCUCUAGAUUGGAGAUGGCAGUGAAAGCUACUGGUAACCCUAAUCCUGACAUUGUAUGGCUGAAGAACAGUGACAUCAUUGUGCCUCACAAAUACCCUAAAAUAAAGAUUGAGGGAACCAAAGGGGCAGCUGCCCUUAAAAUCGAAUCUACUGCCAGGCAAGAUGCCGCGUGGUAUACUGCUACUGCUAUUAAUAAAGCUGGGCGGGACACUACUCGGUGCAAAGUAAAUGUUGAAGUUGAACAUGCAGAACCUGAACCAGAAAGGAGAUUAAUCAUUCCAAAAGGAACUUACAAAGCCAAGGAGAUUGCAGCUCCAGAGUUAGAACCUCUCCAUUUGCGUUAUGGUCAAGAGCAAUGGGAGGAAGGAGAUCUCUAUGACAAAGAAAAGCAACAGAAACCAUUUUUUAAGAAGAAGCUUACAUCUUUAAGGCUCAAACAAUUUGGACCAGCACAUUUUGAGUGCAGGCUUACACCAAUUGGCGACCCUACCAUGGUGGUGGAGUGGUUGCAUGAUGGCAAACCCUUGGAAGCAGCUAACAGACUCCGCAUGAUAAAUGAGUUUGGGUACUGUAGCUUGGACUAUGGAGUAGCCUAUUCCAGGGACAGUGGAGUGAUCACUUGCAGGGCAACUAACAAAUAUGGUACAGACCAUACAUCAGCUACUCUGAUUGUCAAGGAUGAGAAAAGCCUUGUGGAGGAAUCCCAGUUGCCAGAAGGCAGAAGGGGACUGCAGCGAAUUGAAGAGUUAGAAAGAAUGGCCCAGGAGGGUGCUCUUCCUGCAGUUGCAAUGGACCAAAAGGAAAAACAAAAACCAGAUAUUGUUUUGGUUCCUGAACCUGCAAGAGUCCUGGAAGGUGAAACAGCACGAUUCCGCUGCCGUGUGACCGGCUAUCCUUUGCCCAAGGUCAACUGGUACCUCAAUGGACAGCUCAUCCGUAAAAGCAAAAGGUUUAGACUCCGUUAUGAUGGAAUCUACUACCUGGAUAUUGUGGACUGCAAAUCGUAUGACACCGGAGAGGUGAAAGUCACUGCAGAGAAUCCAGAAGGCUUUAUUGAACAUAAGGUGAGACUUGAGAUCCAGCAGAGGGAAGACUUCAGAUCUGUUCUUCGUCGUGCACCUGAACCCAAACAUGAGCCUGUACUGCCAGAGCCUGGAAAACUUCUCUUUGAGGUACAGAAGGUAGACAGACCUGCAGAGGCAACAACCAAAGAAGUUGUGAAACUGAAAAGGGCUGAAAGAAUCACUCAUGAGAAGCUUUCAGAAGAAUCUGAAGAGCUGCGUAGUAAAUUCAAGCGUAGGACAGAAGAGGGCUAUUAUGAAGCCAUCACUGCUGUGGAACUUAAGUCUCGCAAAAAAGAUGAAUCAUAUGAAGAAAUGUUGAAAAAGACGAAAGAAGAACUUCUUCACUGGACCAAAGAGAUCCCAGAGGAAGAGAAGAAAGCACUUCCUCCUGAAGGCAAGAUCACCAUUCCAACAUUCAAACCAGAGAAGAUUGAGCUUAGUCCAAGCAUGGAGGCUCCCAAGAUACUUGAGCGCAUUCAGAGUCAGACUGUAGCCCAGGGGGUAGAUGCACACUUCCGUGUGAGAGUGGUGGGAAAACCAGACCCUGAGUGCCAGUGGUUCAAAAAUGGUGUGGAGAUUGAAAGGACUGAUCGUGUGUACUGGUACUGGCCUGAAGACAAUGUUUGCGAAUUAGUCAUUAGAGACGUGACUUCCGAUGAUUCUGCCAGCAUCAUGGUGAAAGCAGUCAAUAUAGCUGGUGAAACUUCUAGCCAUGCUUUCCUGUUAGUACAAGCCAAGCAGUUAAUCAACUUUACCCAGGAGUUACAAGAUAUUGUUGCUAAACAAAAAGACACGAUGGCAACAUUUGAAUGUGAGACAUCAGAACCCUUUGUCAAAGUGAAAUGGUUUAAGGAUGGAAUUGAGAUUCAUUCUGGGGACAAAUACAGGAUGCACUCAGACAGAAAGGCUCAUUUUCUUUCUGUACUGGCAAUUGAAAUGUCUGAUGCUGAUGACUACAGCUGUGCACUGAUAGAAGAUGAAUCCAUAAAAACUACUGCAAAGCUUACUGUUGAAGGUGCUGCAGUUGAGUUUAUUAAAGAACUUGAGGAUAUUGAAGUACCAGAAUCCUUCUCAGGUGAACUGGAAUGUGAGGUUUCCCCAGAAGAUGCAGAGGGGAAAUGGUAUCAUGGCAAUGUUGAACUCACUUCUAAUCAUAAGUAUGUGAUCACAUCCCGCCGUGGUCGGCAAAUCCUCACUAUUAAAGAUGUUACUAAAGAUGAUCAAGGGGAGUACAGCUUUGUUGUUGAUGGAAAAAGGACUCAUUGCCAACUGAAGAUGAAGCCUCGUCCCAUGGCUAUUCUUCAAGGACUUACUGAUCAAAAAGUCUGUGAGGGAGACAUUGUACAACUUGAAGUUAAAGUUUCCCUAGAAAAUGUGGAAGGUGUCUGGAUGAAAGAUGGUCACGAAAUUCAGUCAAGUGAUCGUAUUCACAUUGUGCUGGAUAAACAGUCACACAUGUUGCUGAUAGAAGAUGCAACAAAGGAAGACAGUGGAGCUUACUCUUUUAGUGCUCCUGGUCUUGGACUGUCAACCACUGGACAGAUCACAGUAUACAGUGUGGAAAUAGUGGUGCCACUGAAAGACGUUCAUGUAGUUGAAGGAACAAAAGCUAUCCUUGAAUGCAAAGUUUCAGCACCUGAUGUGACUUCCUCCAAAUGGUACCUAAAUGAUCAUCAGAUAAAGCCUGAAGAACGUGUACAAGCUGUAUGUAAAGGCACUAAACAGAGGCUAGUGCUUACCAGAACAUACGCAUCAGAUGAAGGACGUUAUAAGCUAAUGGUUGGCAAAGUUGAAACAAGUUGCAAUAUCACAGUUGAAAAAAUUGAGAUUAUUAGAGGUCUUCAUGACAUCACCUGCACUGAAACUCAGAAUGUAUCCUUUGAGGUGGAACUGUCCCAUUCAGGGAUUGAUGUAAUCUGGCAUUUCAAAGGCCGAGAAAUAAAGCCUGGUCCUAACUAUAAAAUCGAAGCACAUGGCAAAAUAUAUAAAUUGACAGUGGUGAAGAUGAUGAAAGAUGAUGAAGGAGAAUAUGUAUUUUAUGCUGGAGAGAAGAAAACAUCUGGAAAGCUUAUAGUAGCAGGCGGUGCCAUUUCAAAGCCGCUCAAUGAUGUGACUGUGACUGAGUCCCAGACAGCUGUUUUUGAAUGUGAGGUGGCAAAUCCUGAAUCAGAGGGCCAGUGGCUAAGACAUGGUAGACCGUUAGCUAUGACAGAUCAGUACCGUGCUGAAUCUGAUGGUGUAAAGAGAAGGCUCAAUAUCCUUGUCACGAAAAUGGAUGAUAUGGGUGAAUAUAGCUAUGAAAUAGCAAGCUCAAAGACAACUGCCAAACUGAAAGUUGAAGCUGUUAAAAUAAAAAAGACACUAAAGAACUUGACUGUUACAGAAACACAGGAGGCAGUUUUCAGUGUAGAACUCACCCAUCCUGAUGUGAAAGGAGCUUUGUGGAUUAAAAAUGGUGUUGAACUUGAAUCAAAUGACAAAUAUGAAAUUACAGUGAAAGGAACUGUUCACACACUGAAAAUUAAACACUGUCUUGUCACUGAUGAGUCUGUUUAUAGCUUUAAGCUUGGAAAGAUAGGAGCAAAUGCCAGACUUCAUGUGGAAACUGUCAAGAUCAUUAAAAAACCAAAAGAUGUGACUGCUUUGGAAAACGCUGUUGUCUCCUUUGAACUGAGCGUAUCCCAUGAUACUGUACCAGUCCGAUGGUUCCACAAAAAUAUUGAGCUUAAACAAAGUGAUAAAUACAAGAUGAUCUCUCAAAGGAAAGUUCACAAGCUUAUGCUGCAUAACAUAUCUCCUGCUGAUGCUGGGGAAUACACAGCUCUUGUUGGGCAAAUUGAGUGUAAAGCAAAACUGUUUGUGGAAACUAUACACAUCACAAAGACCAUGAAAAAUAUUGAGAUCCCUGAGACCAAAACUGCCUCUUUUCAAUGUGAAGUUUCUCAUUUCAAUGUGCCUGCUGUCUGGUUGAAAAAUGGCGUGGAAAUUGAAAUGAGUGAAAAGUUCAAAAUAGUGGUCCAGGGAAAACUCCAUCAGCUCAAUAUCAUGAACACGAGCAGUGACGAUUCUGCAGAAUACACGUUUGUCUGUGGAAACGACAGAGUCAGUGCAACCCUGACUGUAAAACCCAUCCUAAUUACCUCCAUGCUAAAAGACAUCAAUGCUGAAGAGAAAGAUACAAUAACAUUUGAAGUUACUGUUAACUAUGAAGGUAUCUCAUAUAAAUGGCUAAAGAAUGGGGUAGAAAUAAAAUCGACUGAUAAAUGCCAGAUACGAACAAAGAAGCUCACACACUCCCUCUCCAUAAGAAAUGUGCAUUUUGGUGAUGCUGCAGAAUACACCUUUGUUGCUGGAAAAGCAGCUUCAUCAGCCACUUUAUAUGUGGAAGCUCGUCACAUUGAAUUUAGGAAGCAUAUUAAAGACAUCAAGGUUGUGGAGAAGAAGAGGGCAAUUUUUGAAUGUGAAAUUUCAGAACCUGACAUUCAGGUCCAGUGGAUGAAGGAUGGACAAGAACUCCAGAUUGGUGACAGGAUGAAAAUUCAGAGAGAGAAAUACGUCCAUCGUCUCAUCAUUCCUUCCACAAGAAUGUCUGAUGCUGGUCAGUACACUGUAGUAGCAGGUGGAAACACAUCCAGUGCCAAUUUGAUAGUGGAAGGUCGUGACAUUCGUAUCAGAAGCGUCCGUAAAGAUAUUCAGGUCCUUGAGAGACAAAGAGCUGAAAUUGAAUUUGAAGUCAAUGAAGAUGACAUUGAACCACAAUGGUACAAGGACGGUAUUGAGAUCAACUUCCAAUAUGAGGAAAGAUACAGUUAUGUGGUAGAAAGGAGAAUUCAUCGAAUGAGCAUCUUUGAAACUACUUACUCUGAUGCUGGAGAAUAUACUUUUGUUGCAGGAAGGAAUAGGAGUUCUGUUGUUCUCUAUGUGAAUGCUCCAGAGCCACCCAAGAUUAUUCAGGAACUAGAGCCAACCACUGUGGAGUCUGGCAAGCCUGCCCGCUUCUGUGCUAUGGUAUCAGGCAAACCCCAGCCCAAAAUUUCCUGGUACAAAGAUGAUCAACAGCUUUCUUCAGGUUUCAAGUGCAAGUUCCUUCAUGAUGCACAAGAAUAUACCCUAUUGCUCAUUGAAACUUUUCCUGAAGAUGCAGCAGUGUACACCUGUGAAGCAAAAAAUGACUAUGGAGUUGCUACGACUUCAGCUUCACUUUCAGUAGAAAUCCCAGAAGUUGUUUCUCCUGAACUAGAAGUGCCAGUGUAUCCACCUGCUGUCAUAAUGCCACUACGUGAUGCUGUUACAUCUGAGGGACAGUCUGCUUCUUUUCAGUGCAGAGUUACAGGGACAGAUCUGAAAGUCUCUUGGUACAGCAAAGAGAAAGAGAUCAAGCCAUCACGGUUUUUUAGAAUGACUCAGUUUGAAGACACUUACCAGCUGGAGAUUGCUGAAGCUUAUCCAGAGGAUGAAGGAGUCUAUACCUUUGUGGCUAGCAAUUCUGUAGGCCAAGUGACAAGCACUGCUAUCUUGAAGUUAGAAGCUCCUGAAAAAAUGGUUCAUGAGAAGCUAGAGGAAGAGAUUGAAAUGGAAGCGAAAGUUGCACCGAUCCUGAGGAGAAGGCUCACACCAGUGGAGGUGGCUGUAAAUCACGUGGCCAAGUUUACCUGCGAGGUAGAGACUGCGCCCAAUGUCACGUUCCAGUGGUACAAAGCCGGCCGAGAGAUAUAUGAUGGGGACAAAUACUCCAUUCGCACCUCCAACUACCUCUCCACACUUGAGAUCCUGAGGCCUCAGGUUGUUGACUGUGGAGAGUAUAGCUGUAAGGCUUCCAACCAGCAUGGCAGUGUAAGCUCUACAGCCCUUUUAACAGUGAGUGAAGCGUUACCACCAACGUUUCUUACCAGACCUGAGUCUAUCACUACUUUUGUGGGCAAAAGUGCCAAGCUCCUGUGUACUGUUUUGGGCACUCCAGUCAUCGACGUCGCUUGGCAGAAAGAUGGCACGACCAUUUCACCUUCAGACCGUCACAGAAUCUCCAAAGUGGAAAAUAAACAUGUGUUAGAAAUUUCCCUUCUCACUGCCAGUGACAGAGGGGUUUACACUUGCAAAGCUUCCAACAAGUUUGGGGCUGACAUUUGCCAGGCUGAAUUGAUCAUUAUAGACAAGCCUCACUUCAUUAAAGUGUUGCAGUCAGUGCAGUCAGCAGUCAAUAAAAAAAUACGUCUUGAAUGUCAGGUAGAUGAAGACAGGAAAGUAACAGUAGGGUGGACAAAGGAUGGAAACAAAAUUCCCUCAGGCAAAGAUUAUAAGAUUUACUUUGAAGACAAAAUAGCCUCACUUGAGAUUCCUUUGGCUAAGCUCAAGGAUUCAGGCCAUUAUGUGUGCACUGCUUCAAACGAGGCAGGAAGCAGCUCCUCUUCGGCCAGCGUCACAGUGAGAGAACCACCAUCCUUUGUGAAGAAGGUCGAUCCAUCUUAUUUACUGACUCCGGGUGACUCUGCACGCCUUCAAUGCAAAAUCAAAGGGUCUCCUGAAAUACAGGUUACUUGGUUCAAGAACAACAAGGAAAUCCGUGAAAGCAACACACACAGGAUGUCCUUUGUCAAUUCUGUGGCUGUGUUAGAUAUUUUGGAGAUGAAAGUUGAUGACAGUGGGAGCUACUCAUGCGAAGCUGUAAAUGAGGUUGGAAGUGACAGCUGCACCACCGAAGUAGUUGUCAAAGAGCCUCCAUCUUUCAUCCGAACACUUGAACCAGCAGAGAUAGUGAAGGGAACAAACCCCGUUCUUCAGUGUGAGGUUGCUGGUACUGGACCAUUUGAGAUUAGCUGGUACAAAGACAAGAAACAGAUCCGCAGUAGUAAAAAAUACAGGUUGACCUCUCAGAAAGCUGUAAUUUCUCUGGAGGUGUCCUCAUUUAAUAGUGCGGAUGUCGGUGAAUACGAGUGUGUGAUAGCUAAUGAAGUCGGGAAGUGCAUAUGCAGUGCAACAUACAUCUUGAAAGAACCACCAUCUUUUGUUAAGAAAAUCGAAAAUGUGACAGCUCUGACUGGAGAUAGUAUUACGUUACAGGCUGUGGUGAAAGGGUCAGAGCCUAUUUCUGUGGUGUGGAUGAAGGGCAAAGACAUUAUGCAAGAUGAUAACAAAGUGAGAGUGACAUUUGAACACGGUCUAGCAACACUGCAAAUUACCGGUGUCCAGCUGAGCUCUGGUGGGAAGUACACCUGUGUGGCUGAGAAUGAUGCAGGAACUCAGUCCUGCUUUGGUGAACUAUCAGUGAAAGAACCUGCCAAAAUCAUUGAAAAAUCUGAAAUGAUCCAGGUAACAGCAGGGGAACCAGCCAUUUUGGAGUACACUGUCGCAGGCACUCCAGAGCUAAAAACCAAAUGGUUCAAAGAUGGAAGACCACUACCUGCCAGCAAAAAAUAUAGGAUCAGCUUUAAAAAUAACAUUGCCCAGCUCAAGUUUUAUGCUGCUGAACUGCAGGACAGUGGCGAGUACACCUUUGAGAUAUCCAAUGAUGUGGGCAUCAGCUCUUGUACUACCAGCUUCACAGUGCUAGAUCGCACUCUCCCUCCCUUCUUCACUAAGCCCCUGAAGAAUAUUGACAGCAUCAUUAGCACGUCAUGCCGCCUAGACUGCAAAAUUUCAGGCUCUCUUCCAAUGACUGUCUCUUGGUUUAAGCAGGACACUGAGAUCACUUCAAGUGCCAAGUACACAGUACACUUUGCAGAAGGCUCUGCAUCUUUGGAAAUAAAACACCUAGAUGCAAGUGAUGCUGGGGUCUACAUUUGCAGAGCCACAAAUUCUGCUGGUAGCAAAGAGAGCAGUAGCACUUUGUUUAUAAAAGAACCACCCAGCUUCAUUGUAGAACCAGAGUCCCAGGAUGUACUGCCUGCAUCAACUGUACGUUUCAAAGGCACAUUUAAAGGCACAACACCACUGACGGUGAAAUGGUUUAAAGGUGAUACUGAGCUGGUGACAGGAGGAGCCUGCUACAUCAUGACAGAAGCGUUAGCAAGUUACUUGGAACUUUACGCAGUCAAACCAACAGACUCGGGAAGAUACACCUGCAAAGUCUCCAAUGUAGCUGGUUCAGUAUCAUGCAGCGCAAACUUGUUUGUAAAAGAACCUGCUGCCUUCAAGGAGAAGCUAGAGCCAACCCAUUUGGUAAAGAAAGGUGGAUAUGCUGAGUUGGCCUGUGAAGUCACUGGUACUCCUGAGAUUAAAAUCACGUGGUUCAAGAAUGAUAGAGAGCUAAAAGAGAGUGACAAAUACAGAAUGUCUUUUACAAAAUCCUUGGCAGUACUCCACGUUAUAGAGGCUGAGACUGAAGAUAGUGGGGAAUACAUUUGCGAGGCCAGAAAUGAUGCUGGGAAAGAUACCUGCAGUAGUGUUGUUACAAUCAAAGAGUCACCUUAUUUUAGCAAGGAGUUUCAAUCCAUGGAAGUCUUGAAGGAUUCUGAUGUGGUUUUGGAGUGUGAGGUGCUUGGCACACCUCCAUUUGAAGUGUUUUGGGUGAAAGACGAUAAACCCGUGCGGAGCAGUAAGAAACACAGAAUAAGCAUUGAGAAAUCUUUGAUUAGCCUCCACGUUUUCAGGUUUGAUGCUUCUGAUGUUGGCGAGUAUCAGUGUAGAGUAACAAAUGAUGUCGGAAGUUGCUUCUGCAGUUCAGAGGUCACACUGAAAGAGCCCCCACAGUUUGUAAAGAGGAUAGAAAACAUUAGUUCCCUUCGAGGGGGAACGGUUGUGUUUCAGGCUGCUGUUAAAGGCUCCUUGCCCAUCACUGUGUCCUGGCUGAAAGACAAUGAUGAAGUGAUUGAAGAUAACAAUAUCAAAAUGACUUUUGUGAACAAUGUUGCCACUCUUCUGGUGAGGUCUAUUGAACUCAAACAUGAUGGGAAAUAUUUCUGUCAGGCUAAAAAUGAAGCAGGAAUUCAGAGGUGUUCUGCUCUGCUGACUGUCAAAGAACCUGCUACAAUCGUGGACAAGGCUGUGUCAAUAGAUGUGACUGAGGGAGACCCAGCAACCUUGCAGUGUAAAUUUUCGGGAACAAAACAUAUUACAGCCAAAUGGUUCAAAGAUGGCAAGGAACUGACACUAGGCCCAAAAUAUAAGAUCAGUAUUACAGAUACUGUCUCAGUCCUAAAGGUGCUUUAUGCAGAAAAGAAAGAUAGUGGAGAAUACAUUUUUGAGGUUCACAAUGACGUUGGGAGCAGUAGCUGUUCUGCCAGCAUUAAUGUCCUAGAUCUCAUUAUACCACCUAAAUUCACCAAAAAGCUCAAGAAAAUGGACAGCAUUAAGGGGUCUUUUGUCCAUCUGGAGUGCAUAGUGUCCGGUUCACAUCCCAUAAGUAUCCAGUGGUACAAGGAUGGCCAAGAAAUAACAGCAAGUGAAAAGCACAAAUACUCCUUCCAUGAUAAUACUGCAUUUCUGGAAAUCAAUAAGCUGGAAGGCACAGACAGUGGCUCUUACACUUGUGAAGCAACCAAUAAGGCAGGAAGCAACCAAUGCAGUGGGUUCUUAACAGUCAAAGAACCACCAUAUUUUGUAGAAAAACCCCAGUCCCAAGAGGUUGUGCCCAAUGCUAGGGUUCAGUUCAAAGCACUGGUGAAAGGCUCUACUCCUCUGCAGAUAAAGUGGUUUAAGGACAGCCAAGAGCUCCUCUCUGGAGCCAAUCGAUCUGUCUGGAAGGAUGACACAUCUAGUGUACUGGAGCUCUUCUCAGCGAGGACAUCUGACUCUGGGAACUACACUUGUCAGAUAAGCAAUGAUGUGGGGACUGCAACUUGCAAAGCAACUUUGUUUGUAAAAGAGCCCCCCAGGUUUAUUCAGAUGCCAACUUCUGUAGUAGCUUUGCGUGAAGGACAGUCCACCACUUUCGAGUGCCAGGUAGUAGGCACGCCAGAGAUCCACAUAACAUGGUACCUGGAUGGGAAUGAAGUGACUGACCAUGCUAAGUACGGCAUCUCCUUCAUAGACGGUUUAGCCACUUUGAAAUUAACUCAAGCCAGAGUGUCAGAUAGUGGGAUUUAUGUUUGCGAAGCUCACAAUGAUGCAGGUAGUGAGAGCUGCAGCAUCGAGCUGAAAGUAAAAGAGCCUCCAACGUUUGUUCGGGAGUUGCGUCCCACUGAGGUAGUGAAGGGUUUGGAAGCCAUACUUGAGUGUGAGGUGGCUGGUACUCCUCCAUUUGAGGUGAAGUGGCUGAAGAACAAUAAGGAGAUGUUCAGCAGCAAGAAAUAUGCCAUCUCCACCAAAGAAUCAGUAUUUACUCUUAAUGUGACUAACUGUGAUGUCUCAGAUAUUGGUGAAUAUCAGUGUAUUAUAUCAAAUGAAGGUGGAAGCUGUUCUUGCAGCACAAGGCUCAGCUUGAAAGAACCACCAUCCUUCAUCAAGAAGCUCGAGAACGUCACUAGCAUUUUGAAAGGUACUUCGUUCUUCCAGUGUGUUGUAGCUGGUGCUCAACCCUUAUCUGUGUCAUGGAUAAAAGAUGAGAAAAUUCUAGAAGAUGAUGAGCACCACCAUAUUACCUUUGAGAACAGUGUGGCCACACUGGAACUUACCAAUGUUGACCUCAGCCACAGAGGAAGAUACACUUGCCAGGCAAAGAACGAAUCUGGCACGGAGAAAUGUUUUGCUUUGCUUUUUGUACAAGAGCCUGCACGGAUCACAGAAAAGCCUAAAUCACUUAAAGUCACUGAAAGAGACCCUGUGACUUUGGAGUGUACUGUGGCUGGGACACCAGAGCUCCGAAUAAGAUGGUACAAAGAUGGCAAACAACUCCUGCCCAGUAGAUACUACACAAUGAGCUUUGAAAACAAUGUGGCCAGUUUCAGGAUUGAACCUGUAUCAAAGGAGGAUAGUGGUACAUACAGUUUUAAGGUUGAAAAUGACUUUGGAAGUAGCACCUGUGAAGCUGUUCUGACUGUGCUAGAUCAAUCAAUUCCUCCUGCAUUUAUCAAAAAACUAACCAAAAAGGAUACUGUUCUGGGAUCUUCUAUUCAAAUGGAGUGCAAAGUCUCUGGGUCACUCCCCAUUACUGCAAAAUGGUUUAAGGAUGGAAAAGAGAUAACUGACAGUGCAAAAUAUAGAAGCCUGUGCCAUGAGAACACUAUGUCACUGGAGAUUGCUAAUCUAGAACUGGCAGACAGUGCAAAUUACACAUGCAGUAUCUCUAAUGUUGCUGGGAAUGAUUCUUGCAGUGCCGUCCUGACUGUGAAAGAGCCACCAAGCUUCUUAGUAAAACCUGAAAGCCAGCAAGCCAUCCCAGAUUCCACAGUGGAGUUUAAGGCUACACUAAAAGGAACACCACCCUUUACAGUAAAGUGGUUCAAAGAAGACUUAGAACUUGUAUCUGGUCCAGCUUGCUUCAUUGGGAUUGAAGGGUCAACUGGGUUCUUAACCCUCUAUUCAGUGGAUACUUCUAGGAGUGGGCACUACACUUGCCACGUUUCAAAUGAUGUUGGCAGUGACUCUUGCACUACAACACUGAUGGUGACAGAACCACCCAAGUUUGCUAAGAAGCUAGAGGCAGCAAAAGUAGUCAAGCAGGGUGACUCAGCCCGGCUUGAGUGCAAAGUAAGUGGAUCUCCAGAGAUGAAAGUAGUGUGGUUCAGAAAUGACCAUGAAAUUGUUGCCAGUGAAAAAUUCCGGACAUCAUUCAUUGACUCCAUGGCUGUGCUUGAAAUGAAUUAUCUCAGUACUGAUGACAGUGGUGACUACAUCUGUGAAGCUCAGAACCCCGCCGGCAAGGCCAGCUGUAGCAUCAAAGUCACAGUGAAAGAACCUCCUGUUUUUAGCAGGAAGCCCUCUCCAGUAGACAUGCUCAAAGGAACUGAGGUUAGCCUGGAAUGCGAGAUUUCAGGAACACCACCAUUUGACGUUACCUGGUACAAAGACAGGAGGCAAAUCCGCAGUAGUAAGAAGUAUAAGGUUACAGCCAAAAACUACCAUACCAGCGUUCGCAUUCUUAAUGUUGAAGCUGCAGAUGUGGGUGAAUAUCAGUGCAAAGCACAGAAUGAUGUAGGAAGUGACACUUGUUUUUGCACUGUGAAGCUGAAAGAACCACCAAAAUUCUUGACUAAAAUAAACAGUGUGACUGUUGUCGUUGGUGAACCAGUGGAGUUACAAGCAAGAGUGGAGGGCUCCCAGCCAAUUUCUGUGCAGUGGCUUAAAGACAAAGAGGAAAUUAUUAGAGAAAGUGAAAACACGAAGAUCACAUUUAUGGAAAAUAUUGCAACUUUACAACUUGUGCACACAGAGACAAGCAGUGCUGGAAAAUACAUCUGUCAAAUAAGAAAUGAUGCUGGAAGUCGAGAGUGCAUGGCUACCUUAAGUAUUCUAGAGCCUGCAGUCAUUGUAGAGAAAGCAGAACCAAUGAGAGUUACUAUAGGAGACGCCUGUACUUUGGAGUGCAAAGUGGCAGGCACACCGGAGCUUUCCACUGGGUGGUUCAAGGAUGGCAAAGAGCUGACCAGCAGCCAGAAAUACAGAAUUACUUUCCUCAAUAAAGUAUCUACGCUUAAAAUUAUGGAUGCAGAAAAGGAAGAUGCUGGAUUGUACACUUUUGCAGUGCAGAACGAUGUGGGAAAAAGCAGUUGCACAGCAUCAGUUGAUGUUUUAGAUCGAAUCAUUCCUCCUUCUUUCAUAAGAAAAUUGAAGGAAACUCCUUGUGUCCUGGGUUCCUCAGCAUUGCUGGAAUGCAAAGUGUUGGGUUCACCUCCUAUUUCUAUUGCUUGGUUCCGAAAUGGACUUAAGUUAGUUAGCGGGGAAAAACAUCAGAUCUCCUUUUCAGAUAACCUUUGUAUUUUGGAAGUGAAUUCACUGAGUGACUCAGAUGCUGGAACUUACACCUGCAAAGCUACCAACAUAGCUGGUUCAGAUGAAUGCAGUGCUGUAUUGACUGUACAAGAACCACCUUCUUUUGAGAGAACACCAGAGGCUCUGGAUGUCUUGCCAGGCACAAGCAUCACUUUUACAUAUGUUAUCAGAGGAACCCCACCUUUUAAGGUGAACUGGUUUAAAGGGUCCAAUGAGCUUGUGCCAGGGGACAAAUGCAAUAUCUACUUGGAGGACUCCAUUGUGGAGCUUGAGUUAUUUGAUGUAACUCCUCUCCAAAGUGGAGAAUACACUUGUCUAGUGACUAACGAUGCUGGCAGGGCAAAUUGUACAACACACCUUACAGUAAAAGAGCCAGCAAUCUUUGUGAAGAAACUGAGUGACCAGUAUGUAGAGCCUGGCAAGCCCAUCAUCCUGGAGGGCACUUACAUAGGCAGCCUGCCCAUCUCUGUGACAUGGAAGAAGAAUGGCCACACCAUCACUCAAUCUCAGAAGUGUAGCAUCACCACCACAGAGAAAUCCUGCAUCCUGGAAAUACUUGACAGCACCAAAGAGGAUGCAGGAGAAUACACUUGCCAUGUUGAAAAUGAGGCAGGAAGAGAUAUUUGUGGGGCUGUAGUCUCUACUCUAGAACCUCCCUAUUUUGUUACACAGUUGGAAUCUCUUGAGGUGUCAGUUGGGGAUUACACAACAUUGCAAUGCCACGUAGGUGGAACACCAGAAAUCACUGUGUCUUGGUACAAAGGUGAUACAAAACUCAGGUCUACUCCUGAGUACAAAGUGUUCUUUAAAGACAACGUUGCUACGCUUAUCUUCAACAAAGCAGUUAGCAACGACAGUGGAGAAUAUAUCUGCAAAGCUGAAAACAGUGUAGGAACUGCGUCUACAAAGGCACUCUUGACAGUUCAAGAGCGCAAACGACCACCUUCCUUUGCAAGAAAAUUAAAGGACAUCGAGCACCCUGUUGGAUUACCCCUUAAAUUUAUGUGUCGGCUCAAUGGCUCAGAACCCAUUACUGUGGCUUGGCAUAAAGAUGGUGUGCUGCUAAGUGAUGACCACAAUGUGCACACGUCCUUUGUAGAUAAUGUUGCAGUGCUGCAACUGGUGCGAACCGAGAUGAAUCAUACUGGGCAGUACUCCUGCACAGCCACCAAUGCUGUGGGCACUGCCACCUCAAGUGCUAGGCUUACAGUGGCAGAACCCAAGCAAGCACCUGUGUUUGACACCAAGCCAGAAUCUAUUGAUGUGCCUUUUGGAGAAACUGCCGAUUUUGAAUGCCAUGUUACUGGAGCCCAGCCAAUACAUAUCACCUGGUCCAAGGAUGGUAGGGAGAUCCGAACGGGAGGAAACUUCAAUAUUUCAUUUGUAGCCAACACAGCUCACCUUCGUGUGCUCAGAGUGGGUAAAGGAGACUCUGGCCAAUAUACUUGCCAAGCUAGUAAUGAAGUUGGUAAAGACUUCUGCUCAGCCCAACUCUGUGUCAAAGAACCUCCCAAGUUCAUCAAGAAGCCUGAAGCCUUGCAGUUCGUGAAGCAGGGGGACACAGUUCAACUUGAAUGUAAAAUCAGUGGAACACCAGAGAUCAGAACUGUGUGGUACAAAAAUGAUCAGACACUCCAGGCAAACGACAGGCUUCACAUGUCCUUUGUAGACUCCGUGGCAAUACUAACCAUCUUGGAUGCCAACACUGAAGAUGCUGGUGAUUACAUAUGCGAAGCCCAGAACUCUGCUGGCACAGCCAGCUGCAGCACUUCAGUCACAGUGAAAGAACCACCUGUUUUUAGCAAGGUGCCAAGCCCUGUUGACACACUUAAAGGCUCAGAUGUUAUCCUCCAGUGUGAGAUAGCAGGGACUCCACCCUUUGAGGUUGCUUGGUUCAAGGACCGGAGGCAGGUCAGGAGCAGCAAGAAGUUCAAGGUGACAGCAAAGCACUCCGUUGCCAGUCUUCAUAUUCUCAGUCUGGAAGCUCAAGAUACUGGAGAAUAUCAGUGCAAAGCUAUGAAUGAGGUGGGAAGUGACACUUGCAUCUGCCCAGUGAAAUUCAAAGAACCUCCACGCUUUGCCAAGAAGCUGAGCGACACUGCAAUCUUCGUUGGGGAGCCGACAGCCCUUCAGGCAGUGGUGGAAGGAUCCCCACCAAUUUCUGUCAUCUGGCUCAAGGACAAGGGUGAAGUUAUUAGGGAGAGCAAAAACGUCCAAAUGUGGUUUAUGGACAACAUUGCAACUCUUGAGAUUGCCAGUGCAGAAGGAGCUGAUGUUGGAAAGUACAUCUGUCAGAUCAAAAAUGAUGCUGGCAUGCGGGAGUGCUCUGCCUUUUUGCAAGUCCUAGAACCAGCAGUCAUCUUAGAGAGGACUGAGCCAAUCACAGUAAUGGCUGGCAAUCCUUUUACAUUAGAGUGCAAAGUAGGAGGAACACCAGAACUUAUCACCAAGUGGUACAAAGAUGGCAGAGAACUAAGGAGUGGCCGCAAAUACCAGAUUACCUUUUUCAACAAUAUAUCCACUUUGAAAGUCUUUUCUGCAGACAGGGAAGACAGCGGCUUGUAUACUUUUGAGGUGCACAAUGAGGUGGGGGACAGCAGCUUCAUUUCUUCAGUUGAUGUUUCAGAUCGCCUUGUUCCUCCUUCAUUCUCAAGAAAACUAAAGGAAACAAAUGGGGUGCUGGGAUCCUCAGUGCUUCUGGAGUGCAAAGUGUCUGGCACAUCCCCCAUAUCUGUGUCCUGGUAUCAGGAUGGGAAUGAGAUUGUUAGUGGAGAAAAAUAUGAAAUCUCAUUCUUGGAUAAUGUUUGUGCUUUAAAGCUGAAUGCCCUGGAUGUCACAGAUACAGGACCAUAUACCUGUGUGGCAAACAAUGUGGCUGGAUCAGAUGAAUGCAGUGCCUUCUUGACUGUACAAGAACCACCUUCUUUUGUGAAGAUACCUGAUCCCCAGGAAGUUUUGCCCAGAUCAAGUGUGACAUUCAGCACCUAUAUCAAGGGCAGUACUCCCUUCAAAGUGACCUGGUUCCGAGGCAUCAGGGAGCUGGUGCCAGAUAGCAACUGCUCCAUCUCACUGGACGAGUCUGUGGCAGAGCUGAAGUUGUACAAUGUGGAGCCAGGCCACAGUGGGGACUACGCCUGCGUUGUCACGAAUGAUGCCGGGAGUGCCUCAUGCACAACCCAACUUUUUGUGAAAGAGCCUGCAGUAUUUACAAAGAAAUUAAGUGAUUUCAGUGUGGAGCAGGGGAAGUCCAUUGUGUUGGAAAUCAGCUACACAGGCACCCCUUCCAUCUCUGUUACCUGGAAAAGAAAUGGCAUGCCCAUUGCUCAGUCUCCACGCUGCAGUGUUACGACUACUGACAAAUCUGGAAUUCUGGAAAUCUUCAACAGCACCAAGAGCGAUGAAGGAGAAUACACCUGUGAGGUGGCAAAUGAGGCAGGUGGAGAUGUUUGCCACAACCUUGUAUCUGUCUUAGAACCACCCUUUUUUGUCACGCACUUGGACCGUGUGGAGGUGAAGGUUGGAGAGCCCUUGAUCUUAAAAUGCCAGAUUGGUGGUGCGCCAGAAAUCAAGGUGUCCUGGUACAAAGAUGACACCAAGCUCAGAUCAACACAGGCUUACAAAAUGCACUUCAAGAAUAAUGUGGCAACACUGGCAUUCUCCACCAUAGACGAUAGUGACAUUGGAGAAUAUACCUGCAAAGCAGAAAACAGCGUUGGCUUUGCCACCUCCACAGCUCUGCUUGUCAUUGCAGAACGGCAACUUCCACCUACAUUCUCCAGAAAACUGAAAGAUAUUCAGGAGGCCGUUGGUGCCCCAGUGACAUUUGAUUGCCGCAUAAAUGGCUCAGAGCCUAUCCAGGUGUCUUGGUACAAGGAUGGGGUUCUCUUAAGUGACAGUGAUAACAUGCAAUCAGCCUUCUUAAAUAAUGUUGCGACUCUACAGAUCUUGCAAACUAGUAUGGCUCACUGUGGCCAAUAUACUUGCUCAGCCAAAAACGUUCUGGGGACUGCAUCUUCUAGUGCCAAACUUCACCUCACAGAACACCUACAACCUCCCUUCUUUGACAUCAAGCCAGUAUCCGUUGAUGUAGCACUAGGAGAAAGUGCAACUUUUAAGUGCCACAUGACUGGCUCUGCUCCCAUGAAGAUUACUUGGACAAGAGACAACAGACAGAUUCGCCCAGGUGGCAACUACAAGAUGACACUGGUGGAAAACACGGCCAGCUUGACAGUCCUAAAAGUUGGUAAAGGGGAUGCUGGACUCUACACAUGUACUGCCAGCAACAGUGUUGGAAAGGAUGCAUGCGCAGCUCAGCUGGCUGUACAAGAACCACCAAGGUUUAUUAAGAAACUAGACUCCUCAAGACUUGUGAAACAGAAUGAUUCCACAAAGUAUGAAUGCAAAAUAGGUGGAUCUCCGGAAAUCAAAGUCACCUGGUACAAAGGUGAAACUGAGAUCCAUCCCAGUGAAAAAUACAGAAUGUCCUUUGUGGAUUCAGUGGCAGUCAUUGAAAUGUACAACCUCAGUGUUGAAGACAGUGGUGACUACACUUGUGAAGCUCAGAAUCCGGCGGGUAGUGCAAGCACCAGUACCUCACUGAAAGUAAAAGCACCCCCCAUUUUUACCAAGAAGCCCCAUCCAGUCGAGACCUUGAAAGGGUCUGAUAUUCACCUGGAAUGUGAGCUUCAGGGCACUCCUCCAUUCCAGAUUUCGUGGUAUAAAGACAAACGAGAAAUUCGGAGCAGCAAGAAGUAUAAGGUCAUGUCUGAAAACUACCUAGCUAGUAUUCACAUUCUCAGUGUGGAUACUGUAGAUGUUGGUGAAUAUCACUGUAAAGCUGUAAAUGAUGUGGGAAGCGAUUCCUGUACUGGCUCUGUAACACUAAGAGCACCACCAACCUUUGUGAAGAAGCUGAGUGAUCUCACUGUUGUAGCUGGGGAGUCAAUUGAACUGCAGGCUGCAGUAGAAGGAUCACAUCCCAUUUCUGUUCUGUGGUUAAAAGACAAAGGGGAAAUCAUCAGAGAAAGUGAUAAUCUUUGGAUUUCCUAUUCAGAAAACAUUGCGACUAUGCGGAUUGGAAAUGCAGAACCAGCCAAUGCUGGGAAAUACGUUUGUCAGAUAAAAAAUGAUGCUGGAGUUCAGGAAUGCUGUGCCACACUGAAGGUUCUAGAACCUGCAGUCAUUAUAGAGAAGCCAGGCCCAGUCAAAGUCACAGCAGGAGACUCGUGUACUCUGGAAUGCACAGUAGAUGGCACACCAGAGCUUACUGCUAGGUGGUUUAAGGACGGGAAUGAACUGUCCACUGACCAUAAAUACAAAAUCAAUUUCUUCAAUAAAGUAUCUGGGCUUAAGAUCCUCAAUGCAAGACUAGAAGACAGUGGAGAAUAUACUUUUGAGGUGAAAAACAGUGUUGGUAAAAGCAGCUGCACAGCUUCAGUGCACGUCUCAGAUCGUAUCAUACCUCCUUCUUUCACAAGAAAAUUGAAAGAAACAUAUGGUCAGCUCGGUUCUUCUGCUGUACUGGAGUGCAAAGUUUAUGGAUCACCACCUAUUCUUGUUUCCUGGUUUCAUGACGGAGAGGAGAUUAUCAGUGGAGACAAGUAUCAGGCUACUCUUACAGACAAUACCUGUUCUCUGAAAGUGAACGGACUUCAGGAAUCUGAUAUGGGAACUUAUUUGUGCACAGCUAGUAAUGUAGCUGGGUCUGAUGAAUGCAGCGCAUUUUUGAGUGUUAGAGAACCACCAUCUUUUGUGAAGAAACCUGAACCACUGAAUGUUUUAUCUGGGGCAAACAUAACCUUUACCAGUAUCAUAAAAGGCUCCUCUCCAUUGGAAGUCAAAUGGUUUAGAGGUAGUGUUGAGCUAACACCAGGACACAAAUGCAAUAUCACCUUGCAAGAUUCAAUUGCAGAACUGGAGCUAUUUGAUGUACAUCCGUUUCAGAGUGGAGACUACACUUGUCAGGUCUCUAACGAGGCAGGGAAGAUUUCUUGCACAACACAUCUUUUUGUCAAAGAACCAGCCAAAUUUGUGAAGAAGGUGAACGAUUUAAGUGUAGAGAAAGGAAAAAAUUUAAUCUUGGAAUGCACAUAUAUGGGUACUCCACCAAUUUCAGUGACAUGGAAGAAAAAUGGAGUAAAAAUAAUGCACUCUGAAAGGUGUAGCAUCACCACUACAGAAACAUCUGCCAUACUGGAAAUACCUAAUAGCAAACUAGAAGAUCAGGGGCAAUAUUCUUGUCAUAUUGAAAAUGAUUCUGGACAAGAUAAUUGUCAUGGUGCAAUCACAGUACUAGAACCCCCUUACUUCAUUACACCCUUGGAGCCAGUGCAGGUGACUGUUGGGGAUUCUGCAUCCUUACAGUGCCAGGUUGCUGGAACACCAGAAAUGAUUGUAUCAUGGUACAAAGGCGAUACAAAGCUGAGAGGAACUGCUACUAUGAAAAUGCAUUUUAAAAACCAAGUUGCCACUCUGGUUUUCAGCCAGGUAGACAGUAAUGACAGUGGGGACUACAUCUGCAAAGUUGAAAAUGCUGUUGGGGAGGCUGCUUCAUCAUCUUUGCUGACAGUUCAAGAGCGUAAACUUCCUCCUUCUUUUAUGCGAAAAUUAAGAGAUGUCCAUGAAACUGUUGGCUUACCAGUUACGUUUGAUUGUGGCAUUACUGGUUCAGAACCUAUAGAAGUAUCUUGGUUUAAAGACGGUGUACGCGUAAAAGAAGACUACAAUGUUCAUACAUCCUUCGUAGAUAAUGUAGCAAUUCUUCAGAUUUUGAAGACAGAUAGGAGUCUUAUAGGGCAAUAUACCUGCACAGCUACCAAUGCAAUUGGGACAGCUUCUUCUAGUGGCAGGCUUGUCCUUACAGAAGGGAAGACUCUUCCAUUUUUUGAUGUUCCAAUUAUACCUGUGGAUGGUAUUAUUGGAGAAAGUGCUGACUUUGAGUGUCACAUCUCUGGAACACAGCCUAUCAAAGUCACAUGGGCAAAAGAUAACCAAGAGAUUAGAACAGGAAGAAACUACCAAAUCAGUUAUGUAGACAACACAGCUCACUUGACGAUCUUGAGAGUUGACAGGGGAGACUCUGGACAGUAUACAUGCUAUGCUAGCAAUGAAGUUGGAAAGGAGUCUUGCACAGCUCAGCUGACUGUUAAAGAACGAAAAUCUCCACCUACUUUCACUAAGAAACUGUCUGAAGCAGUAGAAGAAACAGAAGGGAAUGAACUUAAACUUGAGGGUCAUGUUGCCGGCUCUCAGCCUUUGACUGUUGCUUGGUAUAAAAACAAUCAAGAAGUUCAUUCAAGCCCUCAUUGUGAAAUAUUUUUCAAAAAUAACACCUUAAUUUUGCACAUAAAGUGCGUAGAGCAAUCAGAUGCUGGUUUAUAUACCUGUAAAGUGUCCAAUGAAGCAGGAAGCGUGUUGUGUACGUCUUCUGUUGUUAUCAGAGAACCUAAAAAGCCUCCAGUUUUUGACCAGCCUCUUCAGCCAGCAGCAGCAGAGGAAGGUGAUACUGUACAGCUCAGCUGCCAUGUCCAAGGAUCACAGCCAAUCCGGAUUCAGUGGCUGAAGGCAGGGAGAGAAAUAAGAGCUUCAGACAGAUGCAACUUCAGCUUUGCUAAUGGAGUAGCUCUUCUAGAACUUGCUGCAAUUACCAAAUCUGAUUCAGGAGAAUAUGUAUGCAAAGCUUCAAAUGCAGCUGGCACUGACACUUGCAAAUCUAAAGUGACCGUUAAAGAAAAACCAGCAACUGCACCAGCAGCUAAGAAAGCAGAACUUGAAGGAAAACUUUAUUUUGUGUCAGAGCCUCAGAGUAUCAAAGUCAUGGAAAAGACUGUUGCAAAAUUUAUUGCAAAAGUUGGAGGAGACCCAAUUCCAAAUGUUAAAUGGCUGAAAGGAAAAUGGAGGCAACUCAACCAGGGAGGACGCAUUACAAUCCAGCAGACAGGAGAUGAAGCCAAACUACAAAUAAAGGACACAAUAAAAACUGAUUCUGGCAUGUACAAAUGCAUAGCUUUUAACCAACAUGGUGAAAUUGAGAGGAGUGUAAACCUACAAGUUGAAGAAAGAAAGAAAGAAGUUGUUGAAGGGGAUCUCAGGGCAAAACUAAAAAGCACUCCAAAAAGGAAGGAAGGAGAGGAAGAGCAACCUAUUGAUAUCUUGGAACUUCUCAAAAAUGUAGAUCCCAAAGAAUACGAGAAAUACGCUCGCAUGUAUGGAAUCACAGAUUUCCGUGGCCUCCUUCAAGCCUUUGAGUUACUAAAGCAAACCCAAGCAGAAGAAAGCCACAGAUUGGAAAUUGAGCUUACAGAAAGAGCUCAAAGAGAAGAUCAGGAGUUUGAUGAACUUGUAGCUUUUAUUCAACAACGACUCUCACAAACAGAGCCUAUUACUCUGAUCAGAGACAUUGAAAAUCAGACGGUUUUAACAGAUGAGGAUGCUAUCUUUGAAUGUGAGAUUAAAAUUAACUAUCCAGAAAUUAAACUUUCAUGGUACAAGGGAACCCAGAAGCUGGACUCCAAUGACAAAUAUGAAAUCAGAAUUGAAGGUGAUCGCCACAUACUGAGAAUCAGGAACUGCCAACUUGAAGAUCAGGGAAAUUUCAGAAUAGUGUGUGGGCCACACAUUGCUAGUGCCAGGCUAACUGUGAUUGAACCUGCAGUUGAGCGGCAUCUCCAUGACACUACUUUCAAGGAAGGAAACACAUGCACGCUGUCAUGUCAGUUCUCUAUUCCAAAUGCCAAAUCUCAGUGGUAUAGAAAUGGGAGACCCAUUAAGAUAGGAGGGAGAUAUUCAACACAAGUCUCUGACAAAGUACACAAACUCAUCAUCAAGGAUGUUAGAACAGAAGACCAGGGACAAUAUACCUGCAAGCUUGACAAUCUAGAAACAACUGCAGAUCUGGCCGUUGAAGCAGAACCAAUUCAGUUCACUAAGAGCAUACAGAACAUUGUAGUGAGUGAACACCAGUCUGCAACCUUUGAGUGUGAAGUGUCUUUUGAUGAUGCAGUUGUGACAUGGUAUAAAGGCCCCACUGAACUGAGAGAGAGUCCCAAGUACAGCUUCAGAAGUGAAGGUCGCUGUCAUUAUAUGACCAUUCACAACGUUAAUGCAGAAGAUGAAGGUGUAUACUCUGUAAUUGCUCGUCUUGAACCAAGAGGAGAAGCAAGAAGCACUGCAGAGCUCUAUCUGGUAACCAAAGAAAUCAAACUGGAGUUGAAGCCACCAG